UUGACUCAAUUUGACUACUGGUAUUGUAGAGGAACUUAUCAUGCCGUUCCGACACUACAAUGGGGAGGCACCAAUUGCACCCUGCCUUCCCGCAUCUCGAGGCUCAAGCGCGUUUGCUCAUGAUGGUUAGUCCCCCACUCUACGUUUUACCGACAGAGAGAGAAGCACACGGAAGGUCUUCGCAGCCUCCGCGUAUUACAUUCCAACUGAAAAGUACAUCCUGAAAAACAUGGUUUGGCACUCUUCCAUGAGUGCCGUGGUGGCUGUGGCCCUUGGUCUAUUUGCCCAGGCUCAGGCCUUUGAGGUCACCCUCGUGAACUCCUGCUCCGAAUCCAUCGACGUGUUCGACUCCAAGACUACGGAGAAGCUCCAACCUGGCGGCUCCAGCACGCGCACGGUCUCCCCUGGCGGUGCCUACGUGUACCGCAAGGGCACGGGCGGCCAGGCAACGCUGGCUGAGUUUUCGGCUGACAACAAUGCUGCUUGGUACGACAUCAGUAUUAUCCCAACGGGUGAGAAGCAGGGCCCCGGCAACUGUGGUAGUCUGGAGGAAUGCAUGGAUGUCACGGGUGGUGUCGGCUUCAACGUCGCCAUGAACAUCGAGCCAAGCCAGCCGGACGGCAGUCGCUGUGUGUCACUCACGUGCAUGGAGAAUGGUUGCAAUGACGCCUACCAGUACCCGGCGGACGACACUAAGACGCACUCCUGCCCCAGCUCGGUUGACUUCACCGUGACGUUCUGCCCAGGUGGGUCCUCGGGUGCGACGCAGACGGUUGACCAGACCGUCAACCAGGUUGGAAACGAGGCCCAGAACACUGUGCAGCAGUACACUGCACCGACACCCACGACGGCCACGCCCACCCAAGCUCCGACAGAAGCACCGACGCAGCCCCCUACGGAGGCUCCUACUCAGCCACCGACCGAGGCCCCUACUCAACCGCCCACCGAAGCUCUUACUCAACCACCGACCGAAGCUCCUACGCCUCCUCCUACUGAAGCUCCAACGCUUCCUCCCACUGAAGCGCCCACGCUUCCUCCAACCGAAACACCCACAAUGCCUCCCACUAAGGCGCCGUCGGCUUCGAGUGUUUCUGCUACGGAUGAUGACGAUGCCGGUGCCAGCCAGUGGAACGACUUUGUUGGCCAGGUCGGUGCUCACAACGAGACCUCCGGCUCCAGUGGCGUGGAUGUGGGCGACAAGUCCGGCAGUGAUGUUGACAAUGAGCCAGGCAGUAAGCCCACCACGCAGGUUAGCGUCACCCCCGCGCCUGCUUCGUACGAGAAGGGAGGUGUACAGACCACUCCUUCGUCGGUCAUGCAGACGAGCAAUGACAAUGGAGCAGUCCAGCAGGCCAACACGCAAUCCUCUGAGGGCAGCUCUGGAAGCACUGCCUAUGUUGUUGUGUGCAUCGGUGCAGCUGUGGGUAUGAUCGCCGUGGCCGCCAUCGUGGUGAUCCGGAAGAAGAAGCAGGCGUUCGACGAGAUGGACAACAAGACGCCCGUCCUCAACACCAUGCGCGAUGGCCCCACAGACCACUCGGUCCUUAUGACCGCGACCAACCACAACACCACCGUCUUGUAAGAGCAUCGGUAUACUUGUGAAAUAGUGUCGGAUGUCUAGGAGGUAGAAUUCCCCGACGUUUUUGAUUUCUAUAACGAGGUAACGAGGAAGAGUUGUGUGAGUUUCUAUCACAAUGCCUUUGUUCAAUUG